AAUCGAAUCUUCCUCUCUACGAAGGAGAGACGUGCGGUCACUUUUACUCGCGUUAAUUUUCGCCCUAUUGUUUUCAUUGUCCAACUUUAUUACACAAUCACCAGCACGAUAGCGCGGCGUGUUGUUGUGAAUAAUAAUUGUCUGCGAUCUUAUUGAAAACAUGAUCGGUGGUUUGUGAUUCGUUCGAUAAUUUAGUACCCAGUGAUUUUAGGUCCAAAGUGCGUGUAAUUUUAUAGUUUGUGGCUUGUUUUGUGCUAAUAAUGUCGCUCGAGGAGAAGUUUAAUGCAGCCGUCAAUGUAAUAAGGAGCCUUCCGAAAAGUGGAUCAUACCAGCCCAGCAAUGAGCUCAUGCUGCGUUUUUACAGCUACUUCAAGCAAGCUACAGAAGGGCCUUGCGACAAACCUAAACCCGGCUUCUGGGACGUCGUUAACAGAGCAAAAUGGGAAUCAUGGAACAAGCUCGGCAACAUGUCGCAGACAGAGGCGAUGCAGGCCUACGUGGACGAACUACAUAAGAUAGUGGAGACCAUGUCGUACAGUUCCGACGUGGCUUCAUUCCUGUCAGUUGAUGAUGAGGACGAGGAGUUCCCGAACAGGGACUUGGAGCUGGUGGCCGGAGACGUUCUACGCAGGGUCCGCUCUGAGCAUAACACUCCUAUCGGCUCGCGCUCCGUGAGCGGCACGUCGUCCCCCGUGCCCCGCACGCGCCACGACUCAGAGGACGAGUACAUUGACACGGUCGAUGUUAGUAUUUGGAGUCAGGUGGACGCCGACACAGGCCAACCCGGGGGCUUAGCCACUGUCGAUGUUAAUGUGAGCGACCCGGAGGUGGCGGAGCGUGCCCCUGCGCCCGCGCACGCCGCUCCGACGCCGGCGCCGGAGCGCGCGCAGACGGCGCCGCGCCUCAGCAACGGCCACGCGCACCAGAUCACGUCGCAGCUCACACAUCUCAAGGUGCUGGAACAGCUGCCAGGCACGCUGGCGCGCCUGGAGGCCGACGUAGCGGCUCUACGGAAAGCCGUGGAGGGAGAGAGGCUCAUGAACCAAAACCACGGAUGGCGGUGGCCGUGGCAGGAGCUGAGCCCGCCGACGUUGCUCCUGCUCGCCGCAUGGCCGUUCAUCGCCUACAAACUGACCGGGCGGUUCCAGAGACGCGACACGUAACACGUCCUAAAUUAUUACGAAGACAUAGUAUAAGGGGAUCACGCGAUAUAGCCGGCUGCGAUCGAAAGUUACAUUACAAUUUCAACCUCAUUUCCUUCUAUUUAAAUUCUAUUUCCUUUAGAAUUGUCUGAAUUGUGAGAAUUAAAGGCUACCGGCCCAAGUACAUGAUGGGAAAAGCAAUGAUAACGCACGCUGUGGCAUAAAUGUCAAGUAAAAGAAAUGUUAAUACUUAGUGACAUAGAUAAGACAACUAAACUUAGUAGUCACCAAAACGCCAUUGUCGUCCAUAUAGCCAACAAACAAACGACAUUAAUGUAAUCUUCAUAUUUCUUGAUACUUAAUGGUUAUUUGAGCGUUUCAUUUAUUUUUUUACCAUUUUAUAUAUUGUGACCUUUUUUGCCACUUUUGUGUUAUUUCUAGUCAGGAUCGCGAGCCCUUUUCAUCCUUAUAGGAGUAAAAAAGUGUCCUAAAAUUUCCAUACAUUAGGAUCGAAAGAGCUCGUGAUUCUGAGUUGAAAUAACACAAAAGUGGCAAAAAAGGUCACAAUAAAUAAAAAUGGCAGAAAAUAAAAGAAACGCUCAUUUCCCAGAAUUUUAAUAUUAUUUUCAGUAGAUAAAUAUAACAAAAACAUCACAUUUUUUUUCAAUUUAAUUGUAAUGUAACUUUCGUAUUUCGCCAUCGCAUAGCUCAGUUUACGAAACGGAUAUGAUGAUAUCUGUCUUAGUGAAAUGGUACCGUUGGGUUUUGUACGUUAAAAUAAAGGGGUAAGGUUCAUUUUCACUUAGCGUCAUUAUUUAUAGUCCGUGAGCCGAAUGAUGAAUUUAUCUGCUAUGAAAUGCCCUUAGGAUCCAUUUUACAUAAUAUUUUUUUUAUAUAUAUCAGGGGCCCGUUUCUCAAAAGCUUGUAACUUGUUAUACAAGUGGAAGUCCCUUGCUA